AUGACGUCGGAUGGAAAAAAGAACGAUAGGGACAAAUGUCCUUCUGAUGAACUUUUGAAAACAAUCGAUCUUUGGCUUAAAUGGGACCAAUGUGAAGAGACAAGAAAACAAAUUGAGCAACUCAAAGCAGAAUCGAAAUGGGAUGAUUUAGAUGCUUGUAUGACUCAUCGAAUACAUUUUGGUACAGCCGGUCUUCGUUCUAAAAUGGGAGCUGGAUUUGCUCUGAUGAACGAGUUGACUGUUAUUCAAGCUACUCAAGGUUUAAUUCGUUACAUGCAAAUCGCAUUCAAAGAUGAAAGCAAACCUCUAUCGACGGUUAUUGGCUUUGAUGCUCGUCAUCAAUCGCAUCAGUUCGCUCGUUUAGCUGCAGCGCUCUUUGCUCAUGAGCAAUUUCGCGUCUAUCUAUUCGAUUCAAUCACUGUUCCAACACCGAUGAUUUCCUUUGCAGUUAAAAAACUAAAAUGCCAGGCGGGUAUUGUUGUUACCGCUAGUCACAAUCCAAAAGAAGAUAAUGGAUACAAAGUCUAUUGGAACAAUGGAGCUCAGAUCAUCUCACCUGUUGAUGUGAAAAUAGCCGA